UGGAGCGGUGUAUUGUUUUGGAAAGAAAUCAGCCGCUCACGCUCAGCCGGUGGUUUGUUGUGCGUUCGUUACACCCCUAUAUUUUUGGCAGAAUUGUCGCACAUUUAAGGAUUAACAAGCUUCGUCCAGACAUGUCAAAAUUAAACCAAAGCGGGGUGAGAGCUCGUCAGGCAGUGAAUUCGGCUGAACAGGCCACCCUGAGUGUCAACGAAAGGAUCCUGAAAGAAUGCCACACCAUGUACACCGACCCAGAGAGAGGGCUGAUCAAGCUGGCCCAGCCGCUCGGACUCAAGCUGCUGGCGCCGAGGAAAAAGGUCACUGUGAUGCUCAUUGGAAAUCAUUCGGCUGGCAAGUCGUCUUUCAUAAAUUGGUAUAUCGAAGAGCAUGUCCAAAGAACCGGAGUGGCAAUAGAGACUCAGGGCUUUAUAAUCGUCACAAGUGGAAAAAAGCGUGAAACUCUGAUGGGCAAUGCUACUAUGCACUUGUAUCCUCACCUGAAACCAUUGAGCAAGAUUCCAGGUGUGGUCGAUUUCCUGACUACUGAAAUAUCCACGUCAAAGCAGAAGAAAUUUUCUCUGGUCACUUUCGUGGACACGCCUGGACUGGUAGACGGCGAUCUUCAGUACCACUUUGACGUCAAUCAAUCCAUCUUGUGGCUUGGAACUAUGUCCGACUUGGUAUUUGUCUUCUUUGACCCGAUCGGCCAGGCGCUGUGCAACCGAACCGUUUCUCUGGUUGAGAAGCUCAACGCGCAGCACGCAGAAAAGAUGCGCUUUUAUCUCUCCAAGGCCGACGACGCGGGCACAGAGGCUGACAGGCAAAAGGUGAUGAUGCAGAUUGUUCAAGAGCUGUGCAAGCGGCCAGGCCUAAACAAAACGGGCUUUGACAUGCCGACCAUCUACAUCCCAGACAGCAACAAACCGACCAGGUGUGUCAAUCAAAUUGACGAUGCUUGCCGGGAAAUUGAGAAGACGAUCAAUCAGACAAUCCAAAACGCGCUAAACACGCUUGGCAAAGACUGUGAAAAAGUGAUGAAGCUUGCAAGAGAAGAGUUGGCCGUGGACGAGGAGUCCUGCAAGUGUAACCGCAAGGCGACGACAAGAGGCCUUAUGUUUGCUGGAAUCGCCUUUCUGCUGCCACUCAUGUUGGUCCUCCACCUGCUGGUCGAGUUUUUCUCUGUGAAAAGUUUGAUGGACACUCUAGGUGUACAGAUCAGCGAAUAUAUUCUGACCGGGCUCACCCCAGCCAGAUUGCUUUGGUCAUUGAUCCCUGAUGGCAGCAAGCUGACCACAAUUGCGAUUCUCUUUGCCAGUUCUCUUUUCUUGGGCUGUGUCUCUAAGUGGUGCUCUGGCCGGAAACCGACUUUGUCAAAGAAAUUGAAACAGUCCCUUUUGGACACAAACACUUUCAUAAAAGAAGUUGUCAUUCCAAAGAGACAACAACUCUAUAGGGAAUACCUUGAGCAGAGCAUCGGAGACUAUGAUCUGUCGUAACUGCGGCCUUGCCACUCUUUCAUCAUUCAAUGGUGUCGAAUGUGUUCCUUGUAUUUGCAGCAAUUUUUAGUGUGCAUAGUUUGCAUUGUCUACGCUUUGUGCAAUCUUUUCGAUUGAGUCUCUCAUGCAUUCCGGCUUUUAUUUGUGGCAUUUAUUUGUAAAGAAUAGCUGUAUAAAUCUUGAUCUGAAUCGUCUAACAUACCAUUUGAAAAAUAUUGAGUUAAACUCGCCUCUUGAAAAUAUAAUAAAUUUAACAUUGCAUAUACAAUA